AUGUUAGGCAUCUCAUUCCGGGUGGGUUCAGCAGAAGCCGCGCCGGGUCGGGUGGGCGCAAGGGAGGAGGAUUCAGGUACGGGGCCGCACCGAGGCGGCCUGGAGCAGGGAAAGUCUGGCCGGCCGUCGGGAGUCGGGAUGGGUGCGGGGACCGAGGGCAGAGAUCCUGAAGAGGGCCCAGAAGGGCAAGGGCGGGGAGACCCAUCCCUUCUCCUCGCCAUCACUGUUAUUGGGCUGACGGUGCUCAUGUUGGCCUUGAAGACCAAGAACUCAAGGAGAAGGAAGGUUGUCACCUUACAGGACCCUGAAACCAAGUACCCUCUGCCCUUGAUUGAGAAAGAGCAAAUCAACCACAACACCCGGAGGUUCCGCUUUGGCCUGCCCUCGACAGCCCAUGUCUUAGGGAUCCCUGUAGGUAAUCAUGUCCAUUUUUUGGCUAAAAUUGAUGAUGAUUUGGUGAUCAGGGCUUACACCCCUGUCUCCAGUGAUGAUGACCAAGGCUUUGUGGACUUCAUUAUAAAGAUCUACUUCAAAAAUGUACACCCUAAGUAUCCUGAAGGAGGGAAGAUGACUCAAUACUUGGAGAAUAUGAAAAUAGGGGACACUAUGCUUUUUCGAGGGCCAACGGGGUGCCUGGUCUACCAUGGUCUAGGGAAUUUUGCAGUCAGACCAGACCUAAAAAGUGAACCUGAAAAAAAACGGGUCCGUCACCUGGGAAUGAUUGCUGGGGGCACAGGUAUUACGCCCAUGCUGCAGCUCAUUCGCAACAUCACCAAGAACCCUCGGGACAAGACUGAGAUGGCCCUCAUCUUUGCCAACCAGACAGAGGAAGAUAUCUUGGCGAGAGUGGAGCUUGAAGAGAUUACCAAAACUCAUUCAGAUCAAUUCAAGCUGUGGUACACCCUGGACAGGCCUCCCAGUGGCUGGAGGUAUGACUCAGGCCUCAUUACUGCCAACAUGGUCAAGGAGUAUCUCCCUCCUCCUGGGGAGGCCACACUCAUCCUGGUGUGUGGCCCACCCCUCAUGAUCCAGCUAGUUGUUCACCCGAACCUGGAGAAACUGGGCUAUUCCAAGGACAUGAUUUUCACCUACUAA